GACAGGCACAGAGGGGGAUCGGGAGAGAAGGGGCAGCUAGGGGCUUGUCAUGGGGAUCUGAGCUACGAGACGGCAUUGAUAGCACCCGGGGACCCCGACGGAGACAAGAAGUGUCAGCGCGCGGGCCCCUAGCGCCAGCUCCGCUCGGGGAUCCCCGCUGCUCUUGUCCAGGGGAGGGAGGAGAGAAAGGAGGGAGCCCGGGUGUCGCCCCGCCCCUGGGCUCGUUACCGCGGGGGCGGGGAGUGAGAGCUUCUUGUGCGGUGAGUGGAGACCGGGGGACUCGGUUGUGCCCUCUCGAGCGGCCGCCGGUGUCCCCGCGGCGCCGGGCUGCUGGGCGGGGGAACCGCGGCGGCCGUGGCUGUUGCAUGUGCGGCUGCUGGAUGCAGAGGCGGCGGCGGCGGCGGCCGCGGGGAGCAGCAGCAGCGACGGCAGGAUGUUAGGGCAGCAGCAGCAACAGCAGCUGUACUCGUCGGCCACGCUCCUGACGGGGGAGCGGAGUCGGCUACUCACCUGCUACGUGCAGGACUACCUCGAGUGCGUGGAGUCGCUGCCCCACGACAUGCAGAGGAACGUGUCUGUACUGCGAGAGCUGGACAACAAAUAUCAAGAAACAUUAAAGGAAAUUGAUGAUGUCUAUGAAAAAUAUAAGAAAGAAGAUGAUUUAAACCAGAAAAAACGCCUACAGCAGCUUCUCCAGAGAGCAUUAAUCAAUAGUCAAGAAUUGGGAGAUGAAAAAAUUCAGAUUGUCACACAGAUGCUGGAAUUGGUGGAAAAUCGGGCCAGACAAAUGGAAUUGCAUUCACAGUGUUUCCAAGAUCCUGCUGAAAGUGAGCGAGCCUCAGAGAAAGCAAAGAUGGAUUCCAGCCAACCAGAAAGAUCUUCCAGAAGACCCCGCAGACAGCGAACCAGUGAAAGCCGAGACUUAUGUCACAUGACAAAUGGGAUUGAAGACUGUGAUGAUCAGCCACCUAAGGAAAAGAAAUCCAAGUCGGCAAAGAAAAAGAAACGUUCCAAGGCCAAGCAGGAAAGAGAAGCCUCACCUGUUGAGUUUGCAAUAGAUCCCAAUGAACCCACAUACUGUUUGUGCAACCAAGUGUCUUAUGGAGAAAUGAUAGGAUGUGACAAUGAACAGUGUCCAAUUGAAUGGUUUCACUUUUCAUGUGUUUCACUUACCUAUAAACCAAAGGGGAAAUGGUAUUGCCCAAAGUGCAGAGGAGAUAAUGAGAAAACAAUGGACAAAAGUACUGAAAAAACGAAAAAGGAUAGACGAUCGAGAGACAGAGUUUCACUUUAUGGCCCUGGGUAAAGUGCCGUGGCAUCACACAGCUCACACCAACCUCCAACUCCUGGACUUAAGCAAUUCUCUUGCCUCAGCCUCCCGAGCAGCUGGGACUACAGGCGCCUGCCACAACGCCCGGCUAUUUUUUUGUUGCAGUUUGGCCAGGGCCGGGUUUGAACCCGCCACCCUCGUUAUAUGGGGCCGGCGCCUUACUGACUGAGCCACAGGUGCCGCCCAGGGACAAUUUAACUUUUAAGAUGUGACUUUGUUGCAUGAAGACAAGGCCCAACAGAGAGAAAGAACACCCAAACACCACGUUUGUAAGAGGAAGGGCUUUAUUCACCAGCCGGGAGCUUACAGCAUGGAAGAAUUCCAAAUGGCCAAGCUCCCCGACUGCCUUGGUGUUUCCCUUUUUAUUGACAGUCAAAAAGUUCCACCCCACAGGUACCCUUCUCAUUGGCCAGUUUGAAUCAAGCGGGAGAUGCUUUUCCAGCCCCUACAGAACUACAGGAUUUCACAGAACUUGGAAAUUUCCAAGUUUCAGAAAGUUAAGUUUACAAAUCCCCAAGAGCUGAGUCACGGUGGAGAGGACCCUGCAUGUGUAUACUUCUGGUCUUGAGAAGACCUGUUCUCUUAGACUCAACCUUCUGGGCUAUCCUCUCUCAACUUAAUGCCACUAAUAUGGCAUGAUUUUAUGUUGAUUGGAAUAUUCUGUUAGAAGGGGACAAGUGAAUGCUGUAGGGGGAUUCUUGGGGGAGUGAGAUCUGAAUGGGCAUGUGAGACAGCUGAGAUCUGGGACUUAGGAGGGUUUGUUUCAGCAGGCAAGGACAGUUCAUUGUCCAUGUCAAAAGAGAAGGCACGAUUUUUUUUUUUUUUUGUAGAGACAGAGUCUCACUUUAUGGCCCUCGGUAGAGUGCCAUGGCCUCACACGGCUCACAGCAACCUCCAACUCCUGGGCUUAAGCAAUUCUCUUGCCUCAGCCUCCCGAGUAGCUGGGACUACAGGCGCCCGCCACAACGCCCGGCUAUUUUUUGGUUGCAGUUUGGCCAGGGCCGGGUUUGAACCCGCCACCCUCGGUAUAUGGGGCUGGCGCCUUACCGACUGAGCCACAGGCACUGCCCGAGAAGGCACUAUUUUUAUUCACUUACUCAAAUAUUUAUUGUGCCCCUAUUUCCAAGACAUUGUUUUAGGUACUGGGGAUAAAGCAGUAACCAAUUCAGUAACUUAAUGGAGCUUAGACCUGAAUAUGGGGUAUAGGGAGACAGAUUGCUAAAUUUGAUGUUGGGGAAACGCGACCCAUCCUACUCUUGUGAUGUUGGAAGUCUCAGAACUAGAGGUGGACAUGAAGUGGCACUCUGGAGAGCAGGAAAGUGAAUAGACUGGGAAUGCCAGUUGGAACCAUGGGUGAGCUGCAGGUUUGGGUCAUAACUUUAAAUGAGCCAGUAAACUCAUUCUAUUAUCUGGCAUAAACAAAGAGAGAAACAUAUAAAAUAACUUUCAAAACUCUAGGGGCCAGGCGGGGUGGCUCACGCCUGUAAUACCAGCACUCUGGGAGGCCAAGGCAGGAUACCCUGAGCUCAGGAGUUUGAAACCAGCCUGAGCAAGAGCCUCGUCUACUAAAAAUAGAAAAAAUAGCCAGGCACUGUGGUGGGUGCCUGUACUCCCAACUACUUGGGAGGCUAAGUCAGGAGGAUCACUAAUUUUUUAAUUUUUUUUUUUUUUUUUGGAAACAGAGUCUCACUAUGUCACCCUAGGUAGAGUGCUCUGGUGUCACAGCUGAUAGCAACCUCAAAUUCCUGGGCUUAAGCGAUUCUCUUGCCUCAGCCUUCUAAGUAGCUGGGAAUACAGAUGCCUGCCACAAUGCCAGCUUUUUUUUUUUUUUUUUUAGUUGUCAUUGUUUAGCAGUCCUAGCCGGGUUCAAACCCACUAGCCCUGGUGUAUGUGGCCGGUGCCCUAACCACUGAGCUAUGGGUGCUGAGCCAGGAGGAUCACUUGAGCUCAGGAGUUUGAGGUUGCUGUGAGCUGUCACCAGGGCACUCUAGCCUGGGUAACCAAGCCAGACUCAGAAAAAAAAAAAAUCUCUCUACAGUAAUCCAGAAAAAUUGCCUGCUUUUUUAUAUACCAAUCUUUUUUAUAUACCCAGAGAGAGGUAUAUCUCUGAGGUAUAUCUCUGGGGUAAUCUCCCCAAUCUUUUUUAUAUACCCAGAGAGAGGUUUCCUCUGAGGACUCUGUCCACAUUAUUCCACCCGAGAAGGAGAGGAGCACAUCUUCUGUAGGAGCAGAUGACUCUUUCCGAAUCAAGUACUUACAGUUUGAUGUUCAAAAUUUAAAAUUUAGGCCAGGCGGCUAA